AUGUCAUCACGAAAUCGCCAGCCUAGGGCCAGUUUGAAUCAGGAUGCGGAUGAGGAACGCAGGCUGUGGAAUAUGAUCAGAGAUGGGGCAAAGAAGAUUGAUAGUAUGGUGGCUGCUCUGAUAGAAGCAGACGAACUCUCCGACAUGACCCUCGACGACCGCCUCGAAUCCCUCUAUCGCGAAAACGUAAAGAUCAGCGAGGAAGUCAGCCACAUCAUCGACGGCAAAUCCGACGAAAUGAGUUUGCUCGACAGCAUAAAGAUCCUCGCCGCCAUGCGCGAAGCAUCCGAGGAAACUCUGCACAUGAGCCGCUCACACAGCAAUUCAAAAGGCAGAAAUGCGACGCUGAAGAGGAAAGCGGGAAGUAUGGAUGUCGAUGAUGAGGCGAGUGGGACAGGGAGUCCGCGGCCGGGGCCAACUAGACAGGCAACGACGGAUAGAUUGGCAGUGUCAGANGGGAAAAGCAGAGAAAGGAAUAGAGAAAGAAGUGUCACCAGCACCAGAGAAGUCAGCGUAAAACUCGAAGACGGCGCCGAAAGUGUAGCAUCCAGUGUCGAAGGUAUACAUCCCUCUUCCUCCCCUUCUACUCCUCCAAACCUAACAAUACCCCCACANGCAAACGAACCACGAACAUCUAGACUCCAACUCUCCCUCGGCGCCCACGUCUUCUACCGCAACAAAGGCCGCACCCAAGAAGGCGAAGGCAUCCUCUGCCGCGUCACAAACGUCAUUGGCGAAGGCAAACAACGCCGCUACGAAAUCCAAGAUGCGGAUCCUGACCCCGUUCCCGGCGGCGAGCUGCCACCGCCCUAUCGCGCUUCGGUCGCUCACCUCAUGCCCAUACCCACCGAAAACAAGGGGCUUGCGGAUUUGAACAAGGGUCGUCAUGUACUUGCCCAAUAUCCCGACACGACAACCUUCUACAAAGCAGAAGUAAGCGCAAACUGGCGGUUCAAAGACAUCGCACUCGACCGUGGCGAUUACGUGCGUCUGAGCUUCGAGGGCGACGAGAUGAAAGUCAUGGAAGUGGAACGCCGCUUCGUGCUCGCCGAGAAGGAACGAUAG